UCCGAAGGCUUCCCAUAUGACGUUUUGAGAGCGAGGGAAAAUGAAUAGGAUCGCGAGACCUUGGCUUUGCACAAGAUGUGCGGAAUCUUUACAGCAACGCAUACAUUGGAUCGCUCGAUCAAGGACAAUCACGAAUACCGCCAGAAAAUAUACUGAGAAGCCUAGAGCUCAUGAUGGUAGACCAUUUAGAAUGGCUGUCAUUGGGUCGGGACCUGCUGGAUUUUAUACAUCUUAUAAGGUAAUGUCCAGAAUUGGAAAUUCAACUGUGGAUAUGUAUGAGCAUCUGCCAGUACCUUUUGGUUUGGUACGAUUUGGCGUCGCUCCGGACCAUCCUGAAGUGAAGGUGAAGCCCCAUCUGGCAACUCGAGAUCAAAUGAGAAAACUUCGUGCUGAUGCUAAAUAGAAUUGUCAAGAUAAGUUCAACGAGGUAGCCGAAUUACCAAACUUUAAUUUCAUUGGGAAUAUAUCUAUAGGGGAUCAUGCUGGAGCUUUACCACUUGCAUCGCUAUUGCCACAUUACGAUGCUAUAUUAUUUGCCUAUGGCGCAUCUCGAGAUCGUACACUAAAUAUACCAGGAGAGGAUAGUUUGAAGGGUAUAUAUUCGGCUCGGGCGUUUGUGGGUUGGUAUAAUGGAUUACCCGAAUAUGCAGAUCUCGAACCAGAUCUCACGCAAGGAGAUGAGGCUAUAAUUAUUGGGCAAGGAAAUGUAGCUUUGGAUGUCGCAAGAAUCUUAUUGCAGGACCCCGAUGUACUGCGAACAACCGAUAUCACGGAGCGAGCUAUUGACACUUUGCAAAAAAGUCGGGUCAGGAGAGUGAGGGUAGUGGGGAGGAGAGGUCCUUUGCAGGUUUGUUUUAUGGGGCUAAGUGGAGCGUAUUUAUGCUGAUGAUUUCAGGCGGCCUUCACGAUCAAAGAGGUUCGUGAGUUGGUGAAGUUAGAUUCGGUAGCUUUUCAUCCUGUUGAUAGAUCAUUGAUCCCGGAGGAUAUCUCGAAAUUACCUCGAGCCUCGAAGCGAAUCAUGGAAAUUAUCAAAAAGGGGUCGAGUGCUUCCUUAGAGUCGGCAGCUAAGUCAUGGUCAUUUGAUUUCUGUCUUUCACCAAACUCAUUCAAUCAAAGUCAUCACUCUCCCUCCCAACUAGGUAGCAUGUCAUUUGAGAAAACCCUGUUGAGCCCAGAUCCUUUCGAUCCUGCGGCCAAGGCAAAUGGUACAGGAGAAACUUUAGACCUUCCAGCCUCUCUAGCUUUUAGAUCCAUUGGAUACAAGUCAGAAGCUUUGCCAGGAUUCACGGACCUGGAUAUACCAUUUGAUGAUCGCCUGGGCAUCAUACCAAACGAUCGACUGGGCCGUGUGGUCAAUGACAACGAAGGGUGGUCAAGUUCGGAUUCGUCCAAGCAAAUUCCAGGAAUGUAUUGUGCUGGGUGGGUAAAACGAGGACCGACAGGUGUAAUCGCUAGUACUAUGCUGGAUGCCUUCUCAACUGCAGAUACGAUUGCGGAAGACUGGUAUACGCAUGCAGCAUUUCUAAACGGUAAUGCUGGAGGUUCUGGCCUUGGAUGGGAUGGAGUAAAAGCUGAAGCGGACAGAAGAACGUGCCGAAGAGUCAGUUGGGAAGACUGGCAGAAGAUCGACGCUGCCGAGCGUAGGAGGGGUAACAGUAAUGGAAAGGAACGAGAAAAAUUUACAAAUGUGGAAGACAUGCUCAAGGUUCUAGAUUAGACCAGGAGAUUCUAAACUAACAAUAUCGUACAUUACUUUAACUUUUC